UUUUUUCCGGGGUUUUUUCUCUCGCCGUGAACAAUGACACGGCGGUCACGUGACUGUUUCGAAACAUUUCGUAAACUCCGUAUUGAGACCAGAAGUUUCGGACGACUUCGGAACGGAUCGAUCCUGGGUGCCAUCUCUAGUUAGUUCAUAGGGUGUCUCCUAUUCUACUGCCCACCGUGGUGGAAACACACUGCCUAGUCAAGUCAAAUCGCGCCGUUAAGUCAUCACCACCUGGUGACGUCAAGUCACGUCGACUCCUGGAACGAAACAGACGACAUCAUAAUUUCCUGUUCACUGGCUGAUAAUAGAGUACAGGCUUCCAAGUGACAUGCUCAUCGUUGUAAUGAGUCGAUCCAUCCAUCUUGUUGCUGAUCGUCCGCUUCCUCUUUUUCCUUCAACUUUUCCAAGCAUUACAGUACUUUCUAAACAACGGGUCUUCUCAUAGUAUGCCAAAAACAUGAUGCUUUUAUUCUGGUCAUUUGUACACACUGAUUAAAUUCUAUGGCUAGGUAUCGCCAGCCCGCAGAAAAAAAUGCCCUCCUGUUUAGAUUUUUCAGUCAUAAAAACGUUCGUCGGAAAAAUUUCCGUAUCACAGCAUUUAAAUAUACCGCCCUUUGACCUCUCCGUAAACUAUACACAGAUGAAAACAGCGCAAUUCUGUCAUUUUUUCAUCUGGUAGGUGUCGUUGAAGAGCCUGAUGUUUAGAAACUCGUGUACAGCCGACUGUACCAGUAAAUAUCUAUACUAUUAUUGCCAAAUCCACAAUACAAUAUUUCUUGACAUAUCUUUUAUUCAGAUAAUAGUUAGGAAUUUGAAGUUACUCACUUUUAAUAUUUGUGUCAAUGGUCUUUUUUGUGCAGGCGAGUUAAGGGCAUACUGCUAUGGGUCCUCAGAGCCAAUGUCAUAUUUUCGCCAUGUCCGGCAGUUGCCGCGUCGUUUUUAUUGUAUGUGAAUUAAUGGUUGUUUCUUAAGCGAUUUUAGAAAUCAGGGAUAGGUGAAGUAACGUUUUCAUCAUGAUAUAUCCUCUUAAACGGUUAGAUAAGUACUUUGCAGCGCAGUAAUAACUGGAGUCGCAUUUGGUGUAUGGGUAACAUACUGGGCCGUUUUGUCUUUCCGUUAAUUAUAAUUUAUUUAUAGUUUUUAGCGCUGUCACUAGCGACCGAAACUGUCGCUUAUCGUUGAUAUUGACAUAUAUGAGAAUCUAGAAUAAAUUAUGGCCAAUGAAUGCCAGAUGUCACGAAGCGAUGCCCUAGUCUCCGGGCAGCCGUCCUGGGCUUAUGGAUCUGCCGGGACUCAGCUCUCCGAUGUUAUACAGCCGGUCCGUGAGAGCGGCACCGUGGAGCUCACACAGCUGUACUCCGAGACCUCAGUCGAGAAAGGUCCAGUUUACUUGGUACAGGAAGAGGGAUCGACGCCGUGUUUACUCAGUUUGCGAUGCCCCCCGGAAUGCAGAGACAUUAUAACCAGUCUACUGGUGAUUAGCGAAGCCCGGACUAUGGAAGUGUACUCUGGGACGGGGGAGUACUGCGGUACGUGCCGUGGAGAACCAGAUCCCGGUUUGUACCUCGGCAGUGCUGAAGAAAGAACCCCCCUCUAUAAGAAACACCUAAUAUUAGAGUAUCCAUCGCCGUCGUGUGAAGUGAAGCUGCUGUCUCUGGGUGGGCGAACAAGGGUGGGGGUCAGCCGAGUCGUGCUGGGCCUGAAGACAGCCGACACGCAGGAAGGCUCCCCGCCGGCCCCGGGGCCGGGCAUCGACCUGCGUCGCGUGCGGGCCAUGGUCGGCUCCAUGGGCACUGCCCUCUCCCCCGGGGCUCAGAGCCUGAUGCAUCUGGUGCAGUUCCAGCAGCAGAGUAAGAUGGAUGUCCUGGGUGGGUUUGUGCCCCUGCUCAUGGGUGGGGGAUCCCUGGCCUCUGUGGUCAAAGGAGCCCCCGAGCCUGAAGGCGGGGGAGGUACAGUGAGACACACGGGCAUCCCGGGGCCUGCUGAAGGGGGCGUGUUACAGGACGAUCAGCCACGAUCCAGCGGACGGCCCGGGCUCCCCAACGGAAACAUCGAGGGCCCCGAGCUGGCCAGGGCAGUGUCAUCCCUGCUGAGCGGUCACCCGGGGCAGAACCCCGACCUGCUCUCGGCCGUGCGGGCAGUUUGUGGGCAGGUGGGCGGACUCCACAUUGAGGACGACGCCCAGAAGUGUUGUCCAUCACCAGGCCCACGACAGGAGCACUCGUGCUGCAGGAGCCUGGAGCAGGCUUUGGAACAGCGGCUGCAGGAAAUGGAGAGAAGGCUCACCCAGCACAUCGACCAGCGGCUGGACUCCCUGCAGCACGGCCUGGAGCGCACCCUGCUGGCCGGUCUGCACACAGCACUCCUGCCCCGUGGCACCGAGGACAUUACCUCUGCUGGCUGCCACUGCAGCGCAGGCCUGCUAAACGGCGGGUCGUGACCCCAGCCCGACACCUAAGGGGCUGUGAGUGACACUUGGAACAGCCAGUCAGCUGCUCGGAAACGGCUGCUUCUGUGCAGUCGUGUGAUUGGACAGUUAAGAAGGAACUUUGUGGUUGGUUAUGUCACCAGCAGCACUGCAACAUAAAUGUAUGAUACUGUAAUAUACUAUGCAAGUUAAAUGUUUUUUUUUUUUUUUUACUGAAAAAUCUGGUUAAGUGGCUGCUGGGCGUAAAGGUUAUCUUCAUCCGUAUCGAUUAUUGUGCUGUUUCAGUAUUACAUGGACCUCUGUCAGCUUAUGGUAUGGUUUGAAUUAAUGCACUACUUCCAGAGGCAGACAACCCCCAAAAAAAGCUAAAACCUGAAUGUUUUUCCAUUUCUUUCACCAAACUUCAGGUGAGAUUACACACUACUGCAGUGGUUAAAGAGGUGCAGUGGUUUUUAUAUGCAGCUGUGUCUGUAAACCAUCUCACCUUACACUCUGAUGCUGUCCUUUCCAAACACGUCCUUACUGCUGACAUCCCGUGAAGCUAAAAAACGUGGCACAUUUGAGUCAGUGUAAGAACAUACGCGGAUAAACAUGAAUCAUUAAACAGCUGAAUGUCGAAUGGCCA